AUGGAAAAUGAGAAUGCAGAGCCCAAGUUUAAAAGGAUGUACAUUAGGUACAAUGCUCAGAAGGUUGGCUUUCUAGGUGGUUGUAGACCCUUUGUUGGGUUGGAUGGAUGCCACUUGAAGGGUAGGUUUGGUGGGCAAUUAUUGUCUGCCAUUGCCAAGGAUGGAAAUGACAAUAUAUUCCCAGUGGCAAUGGCUGUGGUUGAGCAAGAGAAUAAGGAUAGCUGGACCUGGUUCUUGGAGCAGUUUGCAGAUGACAUUGGCAGGCCAGAGGAGCUCAAUUUGGUAUUCAUCAGUGACAAGCAGAAGGGCCUUCUACCUGCAAUGGAGACUCUAUUCCUAACUGUGGAGCACGGGUAUUGUGUGAAGCACAUAUACAACAACUUCAAGGUUAACCACAAGGGCAUGGAGUUGAAGAGUGUACUGUGGAGGUAUGUUGGCACAACAUCAGUUUGGGAAUUUGAGAGAGGGAUGGACCAUCUUAAGAGUUUGGAUGAAGAAGUUUGGAAGUACUUGGCUGAUAUAGAGCCUGCACAGUGGACCAGAUCCCACUUUUCUUCAAGAGUUUUGACAGAUUGUAUGGUAAACAAUUUGAGUGAGAGUUUUAACUCUAUGACUGUGAAGGCUAGAGACAAGCCCAUCUUAUCAAUGCUGGAGUGGAUCAGAGUUAGGCUUAUGAGCAGGCUGUAUAUAAAAAAGACUGGCAUAGAAAAGUAUGGUGGCAAGUUGUGUCCAAGCAUACAAAAAAAGUUGGAGCAGUUAAAAUUAGAGUGUAAGGGUUUCUGUGCAGUUCCUUCUGGGAGGUUUGUGUAUGAGGUCGACAAUGAGAGGGAAAGGCAUGUGGUGGACUUGGUAAAUAAGACAUGCAGUUGUAGAGUAUGGGACUUAACAGGAAUCCCCUGCAAGCAUGGAGUUGCAGCCAUUUUUGUGAAUCGUGAGAAACCAGAAGAUUACACCCAUCCAUGCUACUACAAGGAUGCUUAUGUGGAGACAUACAAGACACCCAUACCUCCCAUGCCUGGCCAGUUUGAGUGGAUGUCAAGUGGCCAACCCAGGCCUGUUGCACCUAUUGUCUAUAAGCUACUAGGCAGGCCACCCAUGAAGAGGAAGAGAGAUGCUGAUGAGCCGAACCCUUAUAAGGUGUCUAGAGCAAACAGGCCAGUAAGGUGUGGAAGGUGUCAACAGGAAGGACAGAAUGCAAGGGGAUGCAAGGCCAAUGUCAUUGGUGAGACAGCAUGGGAGAGGAGGCAGAGAUUGCAGAAAGGGAAAUCUUUGCAGGGAAGUGGAAGGCCUUCUACACACAGACAAGGAUCCCAGGCCCCAUCUUCAUCACAGACCCAAUCCUCAGCUCAGCCUCCACCAACACUCCAGCCUUACACUAUGGCCUCAUCCUCAUCCAACCAGGCAGCAGGGUCACAGCCACAAGCUCUAGCUCCACAGCCACAAGCUCCAUGGUUAGGGCCACCAGCUCCAUGGUCACAGAACCCAAGUCAAUGGUACUCGUCAGACUUCAGGUACACAGUUAGAGGAGCUCCUUGGUUCUCUUCAAGCCAGCCAACACCACACAUCCCUGCAGAAACAUGGGAUAGUAGAUCACUAUCAUCAUAG